UCCAAACCCGAUGGUCGUGGCGACGCGCGUUUCUUUCAGGCGGUAAAGUUACGACGAACAAAAAGUUACAUGGUACAUUUUAUAGUAUCAUCAUUUAGAAAAGUGCAAACAAGUUUUGAUUGUUAAUAAUAGAAAUACGUAUUUUCGUAAAAGUGCUGUGUAAAGUGGAAAGUGGUUUCCCAAAAAUUCUUGUACUGACGAGGUACAUUUUGUGAAUUAAAAAGCUAACAGUAUUAAAUUAUAAACCUUAUCAGUUCACUAAAAGUGAUGUGAAAGUAAUGAUUGAUUAAAAAAACAAAUGUGAACUCAGUGACACAAGAUUGAGUGAGAAGUGACUCAGUGAUUCAAAAGAGUGAUUGAAAAGUGACUCGGUGAUUUAAAAGAGUGAUUGAAGUGACUCAGUGAUUCAAAACGAUCAGUGAGAGGUGCAUCUUUCAAUGUUCAUACACAGAUGACGAUACGAUGCCUGUGAACGCGUCCGAUGUCCGGUGGAACGAGACGGAGCUGUGGGGGCCUCCCAUGGAGCUGGACGUGUUCUACAACCCGGACGUGGUCAUCAUAGUGUUGUAUGUGGCAGUGCUGGCCGCCUCGCUGUCCGCCAAUACGCUGCUCAUAUUCAUUGUCAUCAAGUUCCAGUAUAUGAGGAGUGUGACGAACAUUUUCCUGGUGAACCUGUCGGUGGCCGACCUGCUGGUGACGCUAUUCUGUAUGCCGGUGCAGAUCGCCAAGGCAGUCACACUGCUGUGGUACUUCGGAGAAGUCAUGUGCAAGACUGUCAACUUUUUACAAGGGGUGGCAGUAUCAUCCAGUGUGUUCACAAUAACAGCCAUGUCAGUGGACCGCUACCUGGCCAUCACGCAGUCUCUGCGCCAGCCCUGGAUGCCCUCAAGACGUGGAGCCUGCAGCCUGCUAGUGGCCUUGUGGCUCAUCUCAUUCGCCAUCUUCGCACCAUUGCUGGCAGUUGCUGCGGUGGAGAAGGAAAUGGUCCCAUCACUGUCGAGAACUAGAAAUGGUUCGGUGUACGUAGAAACAACAAUUGAAUUCUGCACAGAAAAAUGGCCCGAUACCAUAAGAAAAGAGUUAUUCGGCACUUUCAGUUUCAUACUCGUCUACGCAGUGCCUGGCUGCAUCGUGGUGGUGUCGUAUUCUUUGAUGGGAAGAAGACUGUGCUCAGUGCUGCCGCCCUUCGACCAAACGGAGGGCAGUGCCAACAGUCAACAGCGUCUGCGAUUAGUGCGAGAGAGAAAACGAGUAGCGUGGAUACUUCUCUUGCUGGCGGUUCUGUUUGCUCUCUGCUGGUUACCGUACAACAUCUUGCAGCUGUUGCUAGACGUGAAUGCUGUGGGAGAAGACUCUGUCGCCUUGGUUCUGCCGUAUACAUUGCUCUUAGGGCACACAAACUCAGCCAUCAACCCGAUCGUGUACUGCCUGAUGACGCGCAACUUCCGGCGCUCACUCCGCAAGUUGCUCUGCCACGACCCUGGUAACAUACACUCUAGUACUCAUUUUCAUAUGCAAGGCUUACGUCAAAAGUCCAACACGUCUAGCACCCGCACCACGGUCACCUUCCGCAGCAGCAACACGCAGCGCACCUCUGCACCCAGUAUCCAAUAUGGCCGCGUCAACAGAAACUCACUACGAGAUGCACACUGGAAAGACAAAGGAAAAGCGCAGUUUAUAUAAUCUCGUCGCCUGUAUUCGUUUUUUAUGUUGCAUUUUGGAAAUGUUUGAAAGGGAAAGUCAAGGAAAACGUUCCUGGUCAUAAAUCAGGACAUUCUCAUUAAAAGCCAGGUUAAAAGUACUCUAAACCGACAAUCUUGUAACUUGUAUGAAAUAAUUGAUGAGAAUGGAAGUAGCAAAACAGAAAUGCAAGGAUGGUAGCGAUGGAAUGGAAGAGCGACGUGAAAGACUAGUGGAUAUGACCUCUAUUUUCAAUUCGAAGGUUCGAAUCCGUUCCGGGGCACGCAUUUUAAGAAGUAUAUUAAGAAAAAAACAUCGUGAGGAAACCUGCGUACCUGAGAAUUUUCUCAAUUCUGCAUUGGGCCAGCGUGGUGGACUAAGGCCUUGAGAGACUCGUGGUCAUUAGUGAGCCGAUUAUGGCUUGUUGAUGUUGUUGUAGCAAUGGAAGGACGUGACGUGCUUACCCCUACGGAAAUUAUAUGUUUGUAUGAAUGUAUUAUCUAAACUUGACUUUAUUACAUAAAUAGAAAGAGGUGUGUCGCUUUUGAAUAUUUAGGAGGUAUAGGUAAAUUCAUGUAAGUGGUAUUUCAUAUUAAGAAUGUUGACGAUGUUCCGGUACGAUGUCGUGUAGAAACCAAAAGGGGUGUGGAUUUUCAUCCUCCACUUAACAAGUUAGCCCGCUUCCAACUUAGAUUGCAUCGUCACUUACCAUCAGGUGAGAUUGCAGUCAAGGGCUAACUUGUAAAGAAUAAAAAAAAAAAAAAAAAAGACCAUGUAACGCCAUCAUCUCGGAAAGGUUUGAGGCAACCUUAAAUUUAAAAAAUUAAGAAACGAAAAAAAAAAUUAUAUUUAAAACGAUUAACGAGGUAGCAUUUCAAAUAAAAUGAAAAUACUUAGAAAGCCUCGUAACUUUAUAGUUAACAUUUGAGUUAAUGCAGCCUAGUGCUACCCAUUGGCAUAUCUGUUUAUCAUCACACGCCAGAUAUCACAGGCAGGGGCUGUGCCCUAGCUCUAUUUCUCUACCCAUGCAGAUGUAAGUGAUUUGUCAGAGAUGACUGCUCUUAGACUUCAUAAGAGCGAUGUCUUAUUAGCGCGUCACGUUACGUUGCGACGUCGCAGCGUCGGCGCUGGGUCGUUUUUCAUAUAUUUUAAAUGACAUACCAAACUAAAGCAAUUGCAUCAUCGCAGUGACGUUUCAACAGAGCUAAAGCUCGAUGUUGUAAAGGACAGUUUUCACUUGUUUCGGUCCAUUGUUAAGACUUACUACUUUGCGCGUGCGUUUUUCUUUUGCACUGCAAUGCCGGUAAGCCAUGCAAUGCGUUGAUUCGUUGCAACCGCGCAACGUAUGCACUAAUGAGGCAUCUCCUUUACGAGCUGCGGUCACCAGAAAUAAGGAUAAAAAAAUCUGCUGUAAAACGAUUUAUUUUUGAGAUUUAAAAAUAAUAUUCCCAAUGUGUAUAGUAACUUAUCUAUAUUAUUAAGACUAGCUAAGUGAGAAUGUUUACCAAAGAAAUCAAAACAAUUUUAUAUUGAUGUUUUAAAGGAAAAUCUUUGAUUAAUUUUAUAUUAAGGCACAGAAUACCUACUUGUUAGUACAAAAUAGAUAAUGUUUUUCUUUGAAUUAUAUUUUAACCAUCUAAUAAGCCCUUUUUAUCGUUACCCAUGAAAAAUAAAUCAAAUUAUUGAGAGAAAUUGUUCUAUUAUAUUAAUUGAAUUUCUAUUUAUAUAUGUAUACUCUAUUGAAACCUAUGAGAUUUUAUUGUAAAGUAGUUAAUUAGUUAUGAACUUUUAUUUAUUAAUUCAAUUAUAAGUAAUUGUAACUCACUUAUUGUAAAAAAUGUAAAUAUACCUAUUGAAUAGUAUCACAAUCAUCAACAUCUUCGUACAUUUAUUAAAAAAAAAAUAUUUACUGUUAGAAUGUAUAGUUAAAAUUUUGGAAGCUAAAUCAAAUCUACAAGCGUCAUCGCUGUAAAAACACCAAUGAAAACAUUAAUGGAUCUAGUCAGAACAUUGUAAUAUCUUAUUAUUAAAUUAUUAAAUAAAUUUAAAAUUA